GACGCCGUCACUACCGCCGCUGACUCGUCCAGUAGCCCUCGUGGAUCCGACCCCGUCCGGUUGCCCGCAACUCCGUCGCAGCUCCGAGACCCUCUCGUCCCGAUCCGCGGUAUUUUGCCGUGCGCGCGAUUUUUCGCCAGAAUACACAUUUGACCGUUACCGACUGUUCACCGCACUCGUUCUCUCUCGCUCUCUUUCUCACUCGUUCUCCACGGAUCUAUUUCCGGGGCGUUCGUCCGCGCACGUGGCGGUGAGAAACCGGGGGAAAAAAAAAAAAAAAUAAUAAAAAUUAUAACAAACAGAAACCGAAUACGACUACGGGCGAACGGUAGAAAAACGUUUCGAUUCCGGAAAUCGAGCUCUCCGGCGGGCUUCUAGGCGACCAGCGUUCUCGUCUAUCCGUAGCGAUAUCCGCGCCGCGUCCACCGUCGGUCCGGUGGAAUUUUUCGAUCCCGAUUUCCGCAGCUCCGACCGAUCGUAGGUCCGCGAUCCCGUCGCUCCCUUUUGUCCCCCCCUUUCCCCCCACGUCGGUCCCGGUCACCGGGCUCUCGCGCAACCCGCAACCAUGAAUCUGAUGUACCCGAACCUGCUGUUCUGGAUGUACGUGGUGCUGACGCUAGCCGAGCCGCCGUACAUCGUUCCGUUCAAAGAGUUGGAUAACGCCGAUCUGUACGUUCAAAUGGACCCCAACAAGAUUCCCAAGUUUUUGACAAAGCCAAGCACAUACACGGUCGUCACCAAGGACACAAUCGUUUUGCCGUGUGAAGUAUAUAAUCCCGGUCACUUUGUGCUAGCCUGGAAAAAAGGAAUAGCUAUCCUUACUGCCGGGAUAACUAAGGUGACACCGGAAGAACGUAUACGGAUCGUCGAAGGAUACAAUUUGGAGAUUCGUAAUGCUCAGAUCAAUGAUGCUGGUAAUUAUAUAUGUCAAAUCGGAACACUUGAUCCAGUGGAACUUAAACAUACAUUGCAAAUACUCAUUCCACCAAGAAUUGUUGGAAUAACAUCAAACGGGAAAGUUAGCGCAAAGAAAGGAUCAGACGUGAUUCUUCAAUGUAACUCAACAGGAAACCCUCCACCAACAAUCACGUGGACUCGUAAAAACAAUAUGCUACCGAAUGGUGAAAAAUCGUUCGUCGGAAAUUCUUACACGAUCGACUCAGUCCGAAGACAAGAUGACGGAGUUUACAUUUGCACCGCAUCGAGCACUAUCGGGUCGUCCGUCUCCGAAGAAAUCGACCUCAACAUACUGUAUCCUCCUGAAGUUAAAGAAGAGCGAUCGAUUGUAUUUACGGUGGAAGGACAAGAAACACAAAUUGUCUGUAUAGUGCACGCAGAGCCGAAAGCUGAAGUCUUGUGGUACAGAGACACGUUACAGCUGGAUAUGACUGAAUGGCGAAUCACUGAUGUCAGAGGUAACCGAUACACGUUAGGCCUGAGAAAAGUGCAGAAAACUGAUUUUGGAAAUUACUCCUGUGUGGCUGAUAAUGGACUUGGCAAAAGCAAACGAUUCAUCGAAGUGACUGGAAGACCAGACGUUGCAGUCAUUACCAGUUCAAAACAAGGCCGUUCAAAAAAUUCAUACGAAAUGUUAUGGACAGUAAAAAGUUAUAGCCCAAUUUUAGAAUACAAAUUACUAUACCGGCAAGAUAGGACAAAUAAGAGCAACCAAGAAAUCCAGUACAAACGUCCCAUGAGAAGAUGGGACGACGAUUGGACCGAAAUAUUGAUCAACCCUGCAUCCACCGAUCAAUUGGAAAAGCGAAGAACCGAGACCAUUCGAGGCUUGGACUCAGGCACUAGAUACGAGGCAACCGUUCAAUCCAAAAACCGCUAUGGCUGGAGCGAAGUCUCCCAACCUUUCUUCUUCACCACCAGCACAAAGAACGAAGCACACCCAGGAAAUUCUGUUCUUUCCGAUCCAGAAUUGAGAGACAUGAGCAUCACCGCCAUCAACAAGGCUUCAAAGAUGAUCCAGAUACCGUUGCUUUGCAUUGUGGCUGUGAUCACCUACUACCUUGCUUAAAUUCCAAAUAAUUUCCAUAGUUCCAGCCCUACUCUACCCUCUAGUCAAUAUUUUCACGGAUACCCCUACACCUGGAAAUCCAUCACAACACAUCAAAACCUCAACAAACACGUAUAUACUUCUUCAUCUCUCUGUUUACUUUCCAUACUUCGAAUCUUCCCAUCGUCAAUAACUAUGUGUUAAGUCGUACUGUUUAGACAUCUUUCUAAGUUCGCUAAUUACUUCAAGGUAUCCAAUAAUCUUGUCACGUCUGCCACACACUCUGAAUACAUUUCAGUUAUCAUUUCAUUUUUAAGUGAUUCGGAGAACCAUUCAGUUUUAAAUGUUCCCAUUACAUUACGCUAGACAGCCUAUAACAACCAAUCGAGGGUUGUUCAAUACGUUACUCUUUUGCCGGUUGAUUAAUGACCUCCUGUUCUGCAUUCUUCGCUUAAAGCCAGAUAGUAGAAUAAUUUCUUUAAAACAUUCCGUACAGACUUCAACGGAUCUACCACAGUAAUUCCUAACCGACUGACAUUCGUCGUAUUUAUUUAUCUUUUAUUCUAAUGUUAAUCCAACACUCUUUUCGUUUUACUUUUCCCAUCAUUUUCCUAUUCCGUUUUCGUUUCAUUCGUACCCGGAUCAACGAAACUAAAAUAACACUUAAGACUGUCUAUUCUUUGUACCAUCCUCUUCACCCAGCGUUAUCAUGAGAAAAUUUUAACAAAGAUCUACGAAAAAAAAAAACCAAUGAUCAUAAAAUAUUGCUGUGUACAGCAAAACAGCUAUCUACGAAA